AUGUUCUUAUCUCUGGGUUUGUUAAUCGUUUGCGGAUGUCUCAAAGUCGGGGUGGAUAGUGCUCGUUGGACACCUGAAGAAGCAAAUGCUUGGUAUGCCAAACAACCUUGGUACUUUGGAGCGAACUUUGUACCUUCAUCAGCUGUGAACGUGAUUGAUAUGUGGCAAACAUUUGAUAAAGUUACUAUGGAACGUGAACUUGGCUGGGCUUCACAGAUCCGUAUGAAUAUCAUGCGUGUUUUCCUUCAUGUUCUUUUCUAUCAACAGGAUGCUGAGGAUUAUUUGAGAAAGAUUGAUGAUUUUCUCAGCAUCGCUGAUCGAUAUGAUAUUAAAAUAAUCUUUGUUCUGUUUGAUGAAUGUUGGCGACCUGAUCCCAAACUGGGCCCACAGCCA